AUGACAUUUUCGAACUGGGUGGUGCAUAACUUUCGUAAGGAAGACACUUUAAGAGUCCUCUUCUCCGAUGAGAAUAUGUUUGAUCUUGAUGGCAUCUACAAUGCUCAGAAUGAUCGAAUAUGGACAGUAGAUCGCGAUAAAACCGAUAAAAAAGGUGGUGUCAAGCAGAAACGAAAGUCUCCGCAGAAAGUAAUGGUUUGGCAAGGAGCAUACUCCAAAGGAUUGACACCAGUGAUCAUUCUGGAUAAAGUAACGGUGGAUCAUCAAAGAUACAUCAAUGAAGCGUUGCCGGCGACUUUAAAAUAUGGCGACGAAGUUCUUGGCGAUAGUUGA